CAAGUGCGAAGCAGUGAGGAGAGAGCGCGCGCGCGCACGCGAGAAAACGAGAGUCAGGCUAAAAGUUGCUCGGACGGCACGCGCGCUGGCCCCUGGCAUGCCGGUUCGAGCGCGAUCGUCGACCUGCUUGAAACCACCUCGACGCGGCGUGGCCGGCGCUGCGCGCGCCGCUGCUCGGGGCCUCGGGAACGCGCAGGCGGACGUGAUGGUUUGAGUUGGUUCGAGACGGACGGUUCUUUUUUUCUCGCAGGAUUAUUGUACCGAGCUCUCGGCGGCCACACCGGACACAGGAGCGCGCGCAGCCGGCCCGCGGUCACUCCGCACGCACGCACGAGCUUAUGAGCGCGGCCUUCGGCCCUUCAUCCUUCGUCAUGAUGCAGCGUCCCGCCGCCUUCAGCAUAGACUCUCUGAUCGGCGCGCCGCCGGCGCCCAGCCCCGGCCCGCUGCUGUACGCGGGGUACCCCAUGUUCGUGCCCUACCGCUCCGUGGUGCUGCCCCCGCCUCCGCCUCCCCCGCCGCCUCCGCCGGUGGCCCCUCCGCCGCCUCUGCCCGCCACGGCGCACCCCCCGCACCAGCUGCCCGCGCUGCCCGGCUCCUUCUGCUCGGGCCUGGCGCUCAUGGCCACACUGCCGGGAGGAUUCCCCGCCGCGCCGCAGCACCACGACGCGGCCAGGAAGUUCGGGGGCGGCCAGCAGGCGCUGCACGCGGCCUUCGACAAGGCGCAGGAGGCGCGCAUCGACGGGGACGACGGGAAGGGCUUCGUGGGGAAGGAAGCCACGGCGCUGCUGCCGCUGGCCUUUCACGACGAGGCCGGACACUGCGCCACAGUGCGCGGUCACACCAAGGACGACUCCAAGGAUGACGAGUGUCACCGCAAGGACGACGGCUUCUCCAUGGACAGCGACCUGGACUACAGCUCGGAUGAGAACGGCGGCGCGGGCUGCGCGCUGGGCCACAAGGACGACGGCGACGCGGGCGGGCCGCUCGACGACGGAGUGCGAGGAGGAGGCGCGGGCGGCGGGGGAGUCGGAGGCGGCAGCGGAGGAGGCUCGGCGGGCGCGGGCAAGAACCGGCGGCGGCGGACGGCGUUCACGAGCGAGCAGCUGCUCGAGCUGGAGAAGGAGUUCCACUGCAAGAAGUACCUGUCGCUGACCGAGCGCUCGCAGAUCGCGCACGCGCUCAAGCUCAGCGAGGUGCAGGUGAAGAUCUGGUUCCAGAACCGGCGCGCCAAGUGGAAGCGCGUGAAGGCGGGCAACGUGAACACGAAGGCGGGCGAGCCCUCGCGCAACCCCAAGAUCGUCGUGCCCAUACCGGUGCACGUGAGCCGCUUCGCCAUCCGGAGCCAGCACCAGCAGCUGGAGCAGGCCAGGCCUUGACUUACACACUGACCCGAGGCCCUUUUUAUAGAACCCGCGCGUGUAAGACUGACCAGGACAUCUGAGGCCGAAACUGGACCAAAAAGACUCGGACUCGAGGAGCGCAUCUCGGACCAAAACGCGAACGGACGUGUACAUUUAGCUGGAGUUCAGCUGCAGGAGCACUUGGGGCCUCUCUGGCCACUGAAUGGACAAACCAGCCUCGCCCCGGUCUGCCCCCACCCUUCCCCAACCCCCCCACCGGACUGUACUUGUUCUGAUUGACCCCUUAUUGGUUUGAGUUCCUCCGCCUGGUUUGAGUUGAAGGGGCGCUGCUAAUUUAUUUGAUAUUGUGAGAAACGUCGCUGGUUUAACUGGUCUAAGAUUAUUGUGUGGAUUAAAGGUGGAUUAUAAGCAAUUGUGAAA